AUGAAUCUAAUUGAUAAGAUCUCAUAUAAGAAUCAUUUGGUGAUUACCUACAAUGACUCGAAUAACAUUCCAACUCUGACUAGCUGUGAUUAUACUGAUGAGACUGUUGUUGACCAACCGAAUUUUCUUACCCUGAGCGUUACUCAAUGCCAAAUCGGUUCUGGGGUUUACAGUUUCUACUUGGUGAGCUACCAUGCUAAACAAAAAGGAUAUGUUCUCCAUACACUUUUGAUAACCAUAGCCGUUCUUGGUACUGCUCAGAUCCUAUUGAUGGUUCACCUGCUGUGCACAGACAGGGUACCUACUUCAUGUCUCUUGUUUUUCUGGUUAGCAACACUCUCACUUGAAGUUACUGUCACUGUCUAUUCUCAACUUCAAUUUAAACAAUCAUUGGAUAUGUGUUGGAAUCGUAGUUCCAAGAUACCAAUCAACCGAUACUGCCAACCGACAAAUCAACAAUAUAUAAGCCCAAACAAAAAUCAAUAA